GGUCUGAAAAAACAAGAACUCAAAUACAAACACAAAAGUAUGUCCAUUCACUGCACACUUGCUGGGUAAUUUAAUUUGUUGGUUGGUGCUGGUGCAUUUGACAGGGAAUGCUUGCUUAAAUUAAUGCAUAAACAAUUAUAAAAAUCAUGGCUUUGAAAAUGUGAAAGGAAAUGAUGGGUUUUGCAUAGCUGUACAUUACCUCAAAUGUGGAAAAAUCCGACCUCGAGUUUCUAGUUUCUAUAAAUAUACUGUACUCUGUCUCUGCCUUUCCCAUGUUUUAUAGUUCAUCACUGCCACCACCAAUUAUCAAACCUUUAAUCUUAAUCUUUUAACUUCCUCUUCUAAUUGAUUCUGUUAAGCUUAUAUGAUGGGCUGUUCAUCUAUGAAAUGUUGGUGGCUAACACAAAGAGAGCUGGUUGUGUUGUGCAUUUUCUUCUCCAUCUUACUGUUAGAUGGUGAUGCAACUGUUACUGCUGCUCGCCCAUUAGACAUGGAAUCCAAUUCUCGUAGAAAUCUCUUGGCAAAUGGACUUGGUCUUACACCACCUAUGGGAUGGAAUAGUUGGAACCACUUUCAGUGUCAGAUUGAAGAGAAACUGAUUAGGGAAACAGCGGAUGCUGUGGUGUCAUCGGGACUUGCUGCACUUGGUUAUCAGUACGUAAACUUGGAUGAUUGCUGGGCUGAGCUGAACAGAGACUCUCAGGGCAACUUGGUUCCUAAAGCUUCAACAUUUCCCUCUGGAAUAAAAGCGUUGGCAGAUUAUGUUCAUGGCAAAGGCUUAAAGCUUGGGAUUUACUCUGAUGCUGGGACGCAGACAUGCAGUAAAACAAUGCCAGGAUCAUUGGGCUACGAGGAACAAGAUGCAAAAACCUUUGCUUCUUGGGGGAUUGACUAUUUGAAGUAUGAUAAUUGCAAUGAUGAUGGUACAAGUCCAAAAGAAAGAUAUCCAGUUAUGAGCAAGGCAUUAUUAAACUCUGGAAAGCCUAUCUUCUUUUCACUAUGUGAAUGGGGAGAAGAAGACCCUGCUACUUGGGCUGCUGAUAUUGGAAAUAGUUGGAGAACAACAGGAGAUAUUUCUAAUAACUGGGAGAGCAUGAUUUCUCGCGCGGACUCAAACGAUCAAUGGGCAUCUCACGCUGGACCAGGAGGUUGGAAUGAUCCUGACAUGCUUGAAGUUGGAAAUGGAGGCAUGACAAUCGAGGAGUACCGAUCACAUUUCAGCAUAUGGGCAUUGGCCAAGGCUCCUCUUUUAAUUGGGUGUGAUAUUCGAUCAAUGAGCAAUGAGACGUAUGAAAUAUUAAGCAAUAAGGAAGUCAUUGCUGUUAAUCAAGAUAAACUUGGAGUUCAAGGGAAAAAGGUUAAAGUUGAUGGGAAUCUAGAGGUUUGGGCUGGUCCUCUCAGUGAUAGAAAAGUAGCAGUUGUGCUGUGGAAUAGAGGUGGUUCUAAGGCUACAGUUACUGCGAACUGGUCUGAUAUUGAUCUUAAACCGACAACUAUCGCUGAUGCUAGAGAUUUAUGGGCGCACUCAACUCAGACAUCAGUUGAAGGCCAGAUAUCUGCUGAUUUGGAUUCUCAUGCUUGUAAAAUGUAUGUCUUAACACCACAUAAUGAUCACUCUGGACCUGUCAUAUUGGGGUAAAAUAGCCAUCAUACCUUGCCAAGCUCCCGUGGGAGACAACUUAAGGUGGAAAGCUUGAGUUUUUAGAUGGAAGUCUUAAGUUUAAAUCUUUCCAAAUCAAGAGAGAAAGAGGCUAGGGGAUAUCUUCUUGUUUAGAUUAUUUCGUUUUUCCUUGUAUUAAAAAAAUAAUAAUAUACGAAGUUUAAAGCGAUUGAUAACUAUCGUUUAUUCUCGAAUAUACUACUGAGAUCCUAUUUUUAGAAUU